AUGCUUGUACGACUUGUGUUGGGACUCUUCGUCCUCAAAGCGGUGGUGGCCGGCCCCAGAUUUUCCCGACAGGUGGACUUGGACUCAUACGACAAUGCCAACUAUGAUGUGGAUCUAGACAAUUUAAAUUUGGAGAACCAGGAUAUCUAUGACUAUGAAGAUGGGCUGACAAUUGAUGAUCCUCAGAUAGAGAUUGGAACACUGGCCCCACCUGACUAUAACUACCCUGUACCUGAGGCCUCGUUGGACGAAGAAGUAGAAGAGGAGGAGGAGGAAGAGUUGCCCCUAACACCCCAGCUCAUCCCUCAGGGUUCAGGGGGAUCUGGGGUCCUCAUGGGCCCAGACACACAGAAAGAGGUGGAGCUGCGUCUGACGCCCAUUGACAUCCUUCAUGUGUCCGGGGACUUUGGGGGCUCCGUAGGGUCUGGGGCCUCAGGAGCUUCUGGGGCUUCUGGGGCUUCUGGGUCGGGAGGCUCCGGAGACCUACUGGUCUCCAGCGGCUCCGGGGGUUCUGGUGAUAUUAUCCUGAUCUCCGGAGCCUCCGAGGAGCUCCUGAGCUCGGGGGGAUCUGGGGAAUUCUUGGUAUCUGGGGAUAUCUUGAUAUCUGGGGAUAUCUUGAUAUCUGGGGAUUUCUCAGGAUCCGGGGAUAUUUCUGGAGCCUCCGGGGACAUUUCUGGAGCCUCCGGGGACCUUGGCUCUGGGAUUUCCAUUGAAUUCCCCCUGGGCUCCGGAGGGUCCGGGGACCAGUCUGGUUCUGGGUUCUCUGGAGAUCUCUUGAUCUCAGGGGCCUCUGGAAGCUCUGGGGUUUCUGGGGACUCUGACGAGUCCGGUUACUCAGGGAUAACAUUGCUAUCUGGAGAGGAGGAGCUGCCCCUCAUUCCUGAGACUACCCCUAGCGAGGCGUCAGGUGCUUCAGGGGAGUUCUCAGGAGCUUCAGGAUCCUCAGGGGCCUCUGGGGAUCUUGGAGCCUCCGGAGACUUAGGGUUCUCUGGAUCCUCGGGGGCUUCUGGUGUCUCUGGCUCUGGAGACGCAGAGGUCCCUGAGGUAACUCUGGUCCCUGACACUGAAGAGGAGGGGCUGCUUCUGGUUACACCAGAAACCCCUCAGGAGGGUACUGGCGGUGUAGAAGGGUCAGUGAGCUCUGGUGAACCCGACGAGCCCGAAGAACAUGUGAUUGACAGGAAAGGUAUGCCCACUUGCUUGCUGUGCACGUGCCUCGGUGGUUCGGUCUACUGCGAUGACUUGAAGCUGGAUAGUGUUCCACCUCUUCCCAAAGACACCACUCACUUCUACGCCCGCUAUAACAGAAUCACCAAGAUCAACAAGUCCGACUUCGCCUUCAUGAACAAGCUGAAGAGGAUCGACCUGACCGACAACGAGAUAACGUCCAUCGAUGAGAGAGCCUUUUUGGGUCUGCCUGAGCUGGAGGAGCUGGUGAUUCGAGAAAACCAUAUCUCGCAGCUGCCUGCUCUCCCAGAGACCAUGAGCCUGAUCGAUGGCAGCCAGAACAACAUUGGCAGCAAGGGUAUUCACAACGAGGCGUUCAAGGAUAUGACGAGCCUGCUGUACCUGUACCUCACAGACAACCACAUCGAUUACAUCCCCGUGCCUCUACCAGACAGCCUGCGGUCUCUACACCUACAGCGUAACAAUAUUCAAAUGAUGCACGGGGACACGUUCUGCAACCUGAAAGACUUCAACUACAUCCGGAACGCACUGGAGGACAUCCGUCUGGACGGGAACCCCAUCAACCUCAGCAGGACCCCGCAGGCCUACAUCUGCCUGCCCCGCAUACCCAUCGGGGAUCUCAUUUAACCACACAGGCAUCACUGACUCCCACCAAUACAACCACAUGCACACAUCCUUGUACAUAUUGACACACUUAUACUAUACGGAUCAGUAAAAAAAAAUGUAUAUUCCAUAAACAUCCACAAACACACACGCAGAUUCAGAUUCUGGUGAUACACUGCUCUACUUCUUCUUUGUUGUUGAUACACACUAAAACCGUCACUCUCACGUUCCCUCCCCUAUC